AUGACUGAGACUCCAUGGACCAUCAAGCGCAAAGCAGCAACGCCAGUGUCAUUCACCGGCAGGAAGCGACAGCGCGGUAACGAUACGCCAGCCAGCGAUAGUAGACGACAGCAGACUCUGACGCAGGCACAAUGGAUUCAUUCAACGCCCAGCUUCAGCGAGGAUGUCAAUUUGACACCCGUGCAGGAGUCGAAGACGUUCAAGAGGAAGGCAAAAAAGGCUCGUGUCUCAACGUUGACUCAGAUGCAAUUCUUCGAGGGCCAUGCCGCGUCCUUGAAGGAGGAAGAUCUGGGACUGAUCAACAAUGACGAGGACUACAAACAUGCUGCUGCUCCAAUCCCGCAAGUUGAUGGUACAUAUCACCAGAGUCCCCGCAGGCCACAAAAACGGAAACCAGUCCCAGUGCUGAAGACAGAGGGUAUCGAAUCUCAAGAAUAUCGGCCUACGAAGAAGAGUCGCAAGCAAGGUGAUGAUCAGACGGCGGAUGAGCCAUAA